AUGCGCGGCGGGCGGCCCGCGGCGCUGCCGCUGCUGGCGCUGCUGGCGCUGCUGACGGCGCGGGGCGGAGCGGCGCCCCUGCAGCCCGGCGGGACCCCCGCGCUCACCAAGAUCUACCCCCGCGGCAGCCACUGGGCUGUGGGACAUUUAAUGGGGAAAAAAAGCACUGGAGAUUUUCCUUAUGAUUUUGAAGAAGAAAACAAGACACCAUUUUCAGCAUUACCUGAAAAUAUCAAGCAGCUGGAAGAGUAUCUGCGGUGGGAAGAAAUCUCAAAAUACUUGCUAAGGCUGCUGGAAAGGAAUGAAAAUAAAAGUGGUCACUUUUCAAAAGGAGUGCUCCCCUGGUACACCAGGAACACCUGGGAGACAGAUGACAAUAGCAGUUGGAAACAUAUGAUGGACUAUCUGCUUCAAGUUGUGAAUAUGAAAGAGAGCACUCCAAGCUGAAAGAAGAUCGCUAAAUCAUGAAGAAAUUUAAUACUUUCUGUAAGAGACUAUAUUUCACAAGCACUUGAUUGUAUCAGAUAAUCAACACGGUCACUUUUCUGUACACAAGAAUUCCUUUGUGUAAAGUACUUAAAUACACAUAUUCUUGUAUGGUUCA